GCAUUCUUCAGUCCCAGCUCACAAUUACUAUCAGGAAUGUUGUCUCUGUACCACAAGCGAACGCAUUUGUGAGCAGCCAAGAUACUAUUCAAAUUCAGACAUUCCUUUACAAAAGCAGAGUGGAGCAAUGUUAUGGCAUCCCUAAGGGUCGUUCUUAAUCUGGUGGCAAGGACCCUAGCCAAGAUUUUGUACAGCAUACCAAGUAGGUCAGGGUUGGAUAUCUUUAAGGGUCUCUAUGCCUUGGUUUUUGUUUCGAGAGAUUUGUGACUCUGCCUCUUCAGAACAAUUCUUUAGAACAUCAAAAGCAAAUUGUCACCCAGAAAUGCUUGAAGAAAGCAAGUGGGCGUUCAUCAUUGCCAGAAGCAUAAUCUCUGCCCAACCCAAACACAGCUUCUCUAAUCUCGUCAUUGUCAACUGGCAAUUCAAGCCAGUGAGCUUUCUCCUGAGUUAAUCUUGCAAAGGCGAUACCAUCUAGUUUUAAUACCAGUCUCUCCUUUGCUUGGAAGGCUGCCCUAAAUUGUUAUAUUAUGGCACUUUCUAUGACUUCAUAUUCUGGUCCUCAACCCCUUGAUUUUGAUCCCCCAAUGUGAUGUUGUUGGACUUUCUUCUUGAAUUGACGAUGAUACUUAAAAAAGUUUGGUAUUGUGAUCACUGUCUUUGAGCCAUGAUCUUUGGCUCCUUUAGAUUUCCUCUAGCUUGAGGAGUUCCUGGUAGGAAGCCCUAAGUUAUACCCUUCCUUGAUCUUCUUUCAAGGUAAGGGUUCCUACUGUAUACUUGAUUACAUUGAACUAAUCAAUCCGGAUGGAUAUCUCCCAAUGUUCAAGUUGCUCCACUAUUUGCAGUGGCAGCAAGGGGUUAAUUGUGGAGGCAGGUGCCUCUUGGCCUAUUACUAAACAACCAUGUCCACCUAUGCAGCCUCCUCAGGAAACUCAAUUUUAUGCAGAAUUGUCUUUGGCGAUGUCUGUCAUCUUUGUGGAGAUUGGGGUGAGCUGGAUGUCCAUGGUUGAGGACUAGUAUCCGAUGGGGAGCCGGGGCUUCUUCCUCCAACUUUCAGUAUUUGAGACUCUUACAUAAACACAUUUUGGACUCUCUGAGUUGUCCUGCUCUCUAACUACUUUCAGAGAGGCAUUCUGUCAACUGAAAAGGGUAAGAAGACUGGUGUGGUGUGUUCUCUUGUUCCUGGGUGCCUCGUCAGAGGCUUAUUGUGCAGUUUAAAGCACCAGCAGAAGCAGGAAGGGGUUUCCUUACUCAAGGGGGAAGAAUGAGUUAGGAGAGGGGGAAAAUUUGAGAAGAGGGACCGAGUAUUGCAUUCAACAAUCCUGACUAUGGGAUCCCUGCAUGCUUAGAUCUGGGCCGUCAAAACUACUGUCUUCUAUUGUGCUCAUAGAUCUUGACCUGCAGGUCGAUCUGGAAUCAAAGCUGUCAAAUGAAGCUAUUGUACUGUGGUCUAUGAAUAAUGACCAUCAUCACAUAUUGGGAUUGGGCGGCUAUACAAGUGGUGAUUGUAAUCCAUCGGAGGCUGUGUGUCCUGCUGUUGAGGUUCAAAUGCCAAAUUUGAAUUUAGAUUCUCAUCUUUCAGGUGCAAAACCUGCUUCUAACAGCCUCAAGUAGUGGCGGAACAGGAUUCUUGUAGCCGACCCCUAAUAGUUUGGGUAAGGCUCGGAUUGUGAUGAUCGUUUAGGUGCAAAAACCCGCUUCUAGCAGCCUCCAAUCUCCUUUGAGUUCGGCUACUGACCUGACUCCCUUCUGUGACGUCCUGGAAAGUAUGAAAUGGACCUCCAGUUCUUAGCCACAUUUACACUAGCAGCAAAGUGGCCCACCAAGUUACUUCACGGCCCCGACUGUGUUUCCCUUGUAGGUCCUGAGCGAAUUUACACAUGGGAACUCCGGGGAAGUGAGCAAGAGCCAAUUCAAAGAAGUGUUAUCAGACAUAUUGUUAGGCAUGGCUGCAGGUUUGAAGAGAGAUCCCAUAGUGAUCCUCAGGAUCGAUGGUCAGGAUCUGUCUGAAUUUCUAAAAGGUCCCGGGUUUGAACCCCAUGCCAUAUCUGUGUUCUCGCAAAUCGAAUCUACCGGCACUAUGCUUGACUAUGUGGAAUCCGCCCUUCACAAUUUCAGUGUAGAUCAUGGAAUGCCCCCACCUUCAGAUCCAUGGGUGACCAGUAAGGUCAUUGAGCCAGCCCUGGAAGCCAAUGCCUCUUGUCUAGAAGAGAGGAAUGUAACCCAAGAGGGAUUCGUGGAGUCACUGAAGAAGGUCAUUGAGAGCAUUGCUCUCCAUCUCAAAGAGGACCCUGUGAUAGUUGCACACAGUGGAAACACAUUUGAUGGAAGUAGCAUCAAAAGGCUCUUGUCAAACAAAUAUGAGUUGGACAAGGCCAUGGAGACCACAUGGAAAUCGCUUCCCAAAGACCGGCAUGAAAGAAUGUCCAAGGAGUACCUUCGUGUUGCUUAUGACAUUGUUGCCCCUGCUGCUGGCUUACCUCCCUAUGGAGCUGUUAAUCAGGUGGAUGAGGUGGUGAAUGAGGUUUUCAAGAUGGUGAAGGCAGAUGAAGCAGGAAGCUGCAAUGAAGCAGAGUUUAACAAGCUAAUCUUAGAGAUUUUGGGGGAUAUUAUGCUGCAAUUAGAGGGAAACCCAGUGACUGUCUCUUCUAAUGCAGUUGUAAAUGAACCUGAGGCCCCAACUUUUCUACCUGCUGCCUCUAACCAUGGUGAAUCAGAAUAGGCACUUAACCAUGGUUACUCCUAUUGUCUGCAAAUUUGGGCAUUUUAUAAACUACUGUCAUUGUAAAUGGAAAGAAUUCUCUUAGGAAAGCCUCUUUGGGCCUUAUUUUGUUGGGA